GCGCCGAAGCGGCUCCUCAGCGUUUGCGCCGGCGGUCGCAGCUUCUGGCUGGGCUUCCUUUUCCUUUGACUCUCGGCUCGGCGGCGCCAGCCUUCUUCGCGGUACUCCGCCUCAUCCUUCCCGCCGUCCCUUCCUCGUCUCCCUUCUUCCUCCUUUCCCUCCUCGCCUCCGCCGCCACCGCCCAGACCGCCGGCCGGGGGGCGAGCUCGGGGCAGCAGCCAGGAGUUUCCUAGCCACAUAACCUUCAGAACUGAAACAAAACAACAUAGUUCCUGGAGCACCUCUUUUUAAGGUAGAACUUUAGACUUCAUAGCACUGAAAGCUGUUUACCUGCAGUUGUUCACUUUUGUUGAAAGUGACCAUGUCUCAAGUUCAAGUGCAAGUUCAGGACCCAUCUGCAGCUCUCUCAGGGAGCCAAGUACUGAACAAGAACCAGUCUCUUCUCUCACAGCCUUUGAUGAGUAUUCCUCCUCCUACUAGCUCUCUGCCCUCUGAAAAUGCAGGUAGACCUAUUCAAAACUCUGCUUUACCCUCUGCAUCUGUUACAUCCACCAGUGCAGCUGCAGGAAGUGUGACCCCUACUGUAGAGCUAAAUGCACUGUGCGUGAAACUUGGAAAAAAACCAAUGUAUAAGCCUGUCGACCCUUACUCUCGGAUGCAGUCCACCUAUAAUUACAACAUGAGAGGAGGUGCUUAUUCCCCAAGGUACUUUUACCCAUUUCCAGUACCACCUUUACUUUAUCAAGUUGAACUUUCUGUGGGAGGACAGCAAUUUAAUGGGAAAGGAAAGACGAGACAGGCUGCGAAACAUGAUGCUGCUGCGAAAGCUUUGAGGAUCCUGCAGAAUGAGCCCCCACCUGACAGGCUGGAGGUGAAUGGAAGAGAAUCGGAAGAAGAAAAUCUCAAUAAAUCUGAAAUAAGUCAAGUGUUUGAAAUUGCACUUAAACGGAACUUGCCUGUGAAUUUUGAGUCUUUCCCUCUAAAACAGGUUGCCCGGGAGAGUGGCCCACCCCACAUGAAGAACUUUGUGACCAAGGUGUCAGUUGGGGAGUUUGUGGGGGAAGGUGAAGGGAAGAGCAAGAAGAUUUCAAAGAAAAACGCUGCUAUAGCUGUUCUAGAGGAGCUGAAGAAGUUGCCGCCCCUGCCUACAAUCGAGCGAGUGAAGCCCAGAAUAAAAAAGAAAACAAAAUCCAUGGUCAGGAGCAGCCCAGAAUAUGGCCAGGGGAUGAACCCAAUCAGCAGAUUGGCCCAGAUCCAGCAGGCAAAAAAGGAGAAGGAGCCAGAAUACAUGCUCCUCACAGAGCGAGGCCUCCCACGCCGCAGGGAGUUUGUGAUGCAGGUGAAGGUGGGAAAUCAUACCACAGAAGGAGCGGGCACCAAUAAGAAGGUGGCCAAACGCAAUGCAGCCGAGAACAUGCUGGAGAUCCUUGGUUUCAAAGUCCCGCAGGCUCAGCCCACAAAACCAGCCCUCAAAUCAGAGGAGAAGACACCAGUAAAGAAACCAGGGGAUGGAAGAAAAGUUACCUUUUUUGAACCUGGCUCUGGGGAUGAAAGUGGGACUGGCAAUAAAGAGGAUGAGUUUAGGAUGCCUUAUCUUAGUCAUCAGCAGCUGCCCGCUGGAAUUCUUCCUAUGGUGCCUGAGGUCGCUCAGGCUGUAGGAGUCAGUCAAGGACAUCACGCCAAAGACUUCACCAGGGCAGCUCCAAACCCUGCCAAGGCCACGGUAACUGCCAUGAUAGCCCGUGAAUUGUUGUAUGGGGGCACCUCGCCCACAGCCGAGACCAUUUUAAAGAAUAACAUCUCUUCAGGCCACGUACCCCACGGACCUCUAACAAGACCCUCUGAGCAGCUGGAUUAUCUUUCUAGAGUCCAGGGAUUCCAGGUUGAAUACAAAGACUUUCCCAAAAACAACAAGAACGAAUUUGUAUCUCUUAUCAAUUGCUCCUCUCAGCCACCUCUGAUCAGCCAUGGUAUUGGAAAGGAUGUGGAGUCCUGCCAUGAUAUGGCUGCACUGAACAUCUUAAAGUUGCUGUCUGAGUUGGACCAACAGAGUACAGAGAUGCCAAGAACAGGAAAUGGACCGAUGUCUGUGUAUGGGAGGUGCUGAACCUUUUCUGGCCACAAGUUAUUAUAAUAUCCCAACAUAUACUGAAAAUACUGAAACUGCUUUGAAAGUUUGGAAUUUCUGAUACCUGCAGUGGGCCGAGAGGCAUGAUGGGUAAAGAACUGGAGGCGGCAGUGGUGAUGAAGGCGGGAACAGAGGCGGCUGUGGCUGUGCACACACGUGCUGUGGUUUGUCCUCACACAGCUGCAGCUGCUGCCAAGUGGCCCUGGCUCAGCUAGGACCCCAGCAGGCCCACACCCGGGCACCUCAGUGCUUGGUUGUGGUUUCUUGUUUUACUUUUUGGCUGUGUGAAAGAAGAAACAGAAAACAGAAAGCACGACCCCUUCUCAGACUGGCUCACUCAGAUGCUUUGGGACAAACCCUGGAGACAGGCCUUAGACCGGCCCUAGAGGUGAAAGCACCAGAGAAAAUCCGAUGCUUCCUACUCAGCACAAACUAGCCUUCCCAGUGUGCUACGGCCCACCGCCUCCCGGGGCGCCCACACCCACCACUGCUCUCUCUUCUCAAAGAGAUACGUAUUCUUAGUUUUAUCAUUAUUUUUGAUUGAAAUGACACUAUAUAAAUUUUCAUUUGAGACUUUCUCAGUUGUAUCUAGUUACAUAGCACAGUUUAGAAACUUGUCUGAGACUGACUUUAUCAGUAGUCUAACCGGCAAAGAUCAUAUCCAUGUGUGUGUGCUUACACAUUUUUGUUGUAUUGGGCUAACCCAGGACCAUUGCAGUGAUGCGGAUGGUGUGAACAGUCCUAGCCUUCUCAGAAACCUUAAUGAAGCUUCCCACAGUUGUGUAAAUUGGACAAUAUAGAAAUUUUAAACUUUAAAUGCUCAUUUGGUUUCUUUUUUAUUUUUGUUAAUGCAAUAGGACUUAAACAAAUGAACUCUGAUCUUUGUUUUAAAGAUUAAGAAAAAUUGUGUGUAUAUACAUAUGUCUGAGGGCACAUAGCUCUCACUACACUACAAGAUAUGAUCUCCAAGUAGUACAUAUCGAACUGCAGAUUGACUUUCCUUGAGUGCUUUAUACUGUUGAUUACAUCUCCAUGUAGGGCUGAAAAUGACCUGUUUCUCACUCAAACUGUGUUGCUUUUGGUGUUGUGUUACUGUGCACAGAGACAUAUGCAGUGAGGUCCUGCAUAUGGUUCCGAUGGGUGCGUGGUAGCCUUGCGAGUUAAGUAUUGCUUUCAUUGUUUACGCUGGAAUUUUUUCUCCCCAUGGAAUGUAAGUAAAACUUAUUAUUUGUCACCAAUAAAUGGUAAUACUAAAUUUCUUUUGUUAAUUUAUUCUCAAAUGCCACUACUGCUAGGUUGGUCCCCUCCCAACCUGUCUCCUACCUUUUUUUAUUUUUAAGAAAAAACAACUUUGUAAUGCUUGUGAUUCCAUUUGGGCAAAAUUCUGAAGAUCUGAAAUACCUUUAUAUCAAACUAUUGAUCAAUAAACAGCUACUAAUGAA